UGGAGGGAAAAGAGGUUAGGCCGUGUCUAAGAUUUCGACGGAGUAGCCUUGCAUCUCGGCGCCAUAAAAACAGCCGGAGAGAAGUUAAAAUGACCCAGUCAAAUUGUUAUGUUGCCAAAUAAAAAAAAUAAUAAUAAUAACAACACUCAAAAACUUUUCCGCCAAAUUCUACGGAUCCUGAAUUCACAGCCGGUGAGCCUUGUUCGGUGUUUUAUACUUUAAAUCUCCUUCUCUUGUCUCUUCACAAUUCGGCAGAGGGGAUUUGGUGCAAAAUAGUUGAUUUAUCUUUUGGCAUCGUGAUAUGAGUGCUUGAUUCUUCUGUCCUUUGCUGCAUCACCAACCCAAAUUAAAUUUAAUAUACUUAAAUUGAGUGUUAUAAUGGCUGCAUCUGGACCUCUAUCUCCCAAUCCAGAAGUUGAAAUCUUUGAGGAUGAGAAGAAGACCAGGAUGGGUUCAUUAAAGAAGGUAGCAAUCAGCGCUUCAAACAAGUUCAGGGAUUCCUUGAAAAGGGGAAGGCGAAGUAGUAAAGUCAUGUCGGUUGAGAUUGAGGAUGUACACGACGCCGAAGAAAUAAAGGCCGUCGAUGCAUUUCGUCAAAGCCUUAUAUUGGAGGAAUUGUUGCCCUCAAGACACGAUGAUUAUCAUAUGAUGCUCAGAUUCUUGAAGGCCAGGAAAUUUGAUAUUGAGAAAACAAAACAAAUGUGGUCUGAUAUGCUUCAAUGGAGAAAGGAAUUUGGUGCUGACAAUGUCACACAGGACUUUGAGUUUAAGGAAAUAAAUGAAGUCUUGGAAUAUUAUCCGCAUGGGCACCAUGGAAUAGAUAAGGAAGGACGACCUGUGUAUAUUGAGAGAUUAGGACAAGUAGACCCUAAUAAGCUCAUGCAGGUCACUACAAUGGAACGUUAUGUGAAAUACCAUGUACGAGAAUUUGAAAGGACAUUCGAUGUUAAAUUUGCAGCUUGUUCAAUUGCCGCAAAGAAGCACAUCGAUCAAAGUACUACUAUUUUAGAUGUGCAAGGAGUGGGUCUUAAAAAUUUUAACAAAGCUGCAAGGGAACUUAUAACUGCCAUUCAAAAGAUUGAUGGUGACAAUUAUCCAGAGACCUUGUAUCGUAUGUUUAUCAUAAAUGCUGGCUCUGGAUUUAGAAUGUUAUGGAACACAAUUAAGUCCUUCCUUGAUCCUAAGACCACAUCAAAGAUCCAUGUUCUUGGUAACAAGUAUCAGAGCAAAUUGCUGGAAAUAAUUGAUGCCAGUGAGUUGCCACAGUUUUUAGGAGGCACUUGUACUUGUGCUGAUCAAGGAGGCUGCAUGCGUUCUGAUAAGGGCCCAUGGAAGGACCCAGAGAUUAUCAAGAUGGUUCAAAAUGGUGACCAUAAAUGUACAAAGAAAUCUGAACCUCAAAAAACUGAUGAGAAGACAAUUUCUGAGGACGACAUAGUAUACUCAAAGAGAUAUGACUCUGGCAAUGUAGAGACACCAAAGGACCAGCAUCCACGGCUUUCUUCAAUUCAAGCAGAGGCUUUAAUCAUGCAAAGUAUUCAUAAAUCUUUCAAGGUCGAGGACUUAGUUCCAAUGGUUGAUAAACCUGUUGAUGCAGCUUGGCCAAAAGUAAUUGAGAAUGAAAGAUUUGCCUAUAAGAAAGCAGAGGACUGUUCGAAUAUGCAUGAUCCUUGCAAGGCCCCUGAAGAGAUUAGCUCUCCGAUUUUCAGUGGGCUGAUGGCGUUUGUUAUGGGCAUUGCUGCAAUGAUCAGAGUGACACGAAACUUGCCUAAGAAGCUCACUGAUGCAACUAUCUAUUCCAAUCCUGACUACUGUGUUGAUGAUACAAAGAUGAAAAGCCUGCAGCAAAAGUUCUCAACACCUGGUAUCUAUGGUGCAGAUUACUUGGUUAUGAUGAAACGGAUGGCUGCAUUGGAAGACACAGUAAACUUUUUGAGCACGAAACCUGCAGCUAUGUUGUCUGAGAAGGAGGAAUUGUUGCAUGCUGCAGUAAGUAGGGUUGAUGUGUUGGAGCAGGAGCUAUUGGCAACUAGGAAGACUUUGGAGGAAUCACUCGCUCAACAGGAGGAACUCCUUGCUUAUAUAGAGAAGAAAAAGAAGAAAAAGAAGUUGUUCAACUGGUAAAGAAGAAAAGCUGGAUACUUGAGAGAGAGAUUAUCAGGAAACUGGUGCAGCGGUGAUGUUUUCUUUUCCAAAGGCCACCCUAAUGCACUCUAGUUUGAGGCUCUGAUUGUAAAAUAGAAUUCAAAAGUUCUCUGGAUGCAAAGCCAUUGUCUUCACUCGUGUAUAUUUAAAAUAAAAAAAUAAAAA